AUGCACGCGACGCGGUCAUGGGACGCGCACGAGCAGGCGGAAGGCCCCUCGCCGCUCAAGAUGCUCCGCGGCUACCUGCUCCGCUUGCGCCACGACGGCCCGCUGCCCGCGCGCCUUGACCCCUACCGGCGGGGGUGUGCUCGCGGGGGGGUUGCGGGCGGAAUGUGGGGGACGGUGGGGGGAGAGGGAGGCGGAGGGGCCGGGGAAGGCGGGGGAGUGGGGGAGGCGUGGGGAGAGGACGUCGUGGGGCUGUUCCGACAGCUGCAUGAGGAACAUGCGAGGAGCAUUCCUCUCGACCUGCUCUCGCCCGUGGCGGACAGCCCUGCAGCGCUGGGCGCGCGCGCGCUGUACCGCAAGAUGGUGUGCUCUCAGCGCGGGGGCUCGUGCUUCGAGUCCAACGUGCUGUUGGCGUGGGUGCUCCGCCACCACCUCGCCUGCCAGGUCGACCUGCUGCCCGCCCUCUCCUGCCACUCGCCACACUCGCCCCGCCACCACCACUCCCCUCCGUCCUCCUCCCGGCGCUCCUCUCGUCAACCACAUGUACCGGCUGCUACUUUGAAUGCUGCCUCCCCUGCAGCGGCGCCAUCGCCGGACCAUGCGGCUGCCUGCGUGGCUCGCCUCUCAUCUCCUGCUGACUCAGCGCAGCAGCCUGUCCAGUCAGCUAGUGCAGCUGCCUCACCAGCAAGUGCAGAGCUGGCAGAUCAUAUGUGUCUGCUGGUGCACAUCAACGGCAUGGCAUGGCUCGCUGACGUCAGCACGCCCUGCUGCCCCGCCAGCCUUGUGCCCCACCCCAUGUUCCUGGAACCACUGCUCUUCCAACCCACCAUCCACCAGCACCAGGACGCGGGGGUGUACCGCAUAUCCCCAUGCCCCCCGCCCUACCCGCCAGCACCUGCCAGUGCAGCCCCUUGGGUGCGUGGACGAGGUGCGGGGGCUGUCGGCAUGGCGCCUGCAUGCACAGCAGAGAGCCUGGAGAUGCCAGUAGCAGCAGUAGCAGCAGCGGACAGGGGCAGGGAGGGAUGGAGGGCAGUAGAGAGAGGCGUGCAGGGGUGGGCAGUGGAGCACAUAGAGGCAGGAAUGGAUGGGCGCAUGGCUGAGAGGAGUGCUGGCGGGGAGGCAGAUUCAGAUUCAGACCCCGAUGAUGAUGACUUCUACACGGGGGGUGUGCGUGGCCACGGGACACCGUGCCCACCGCGGCUCACGCAUGCUGCAGGUGGACAGGCAGCAGCAGCAGCGGUUAGGGCAGGCGAGCAGUGGUAUGUGGUGGAGAGGCUGUGCCGCGUGGGGCCCAGUGAAGCAGGCGGGAGAUGGGCAGGAGCAGAUGGCAAGCAGGCAGCAUGGGGGGAGGCCGCUUGUGAGGAGGAUGCGCAGUGGCGGCCGCUGUAUCGCUUCUCCUCGUGGCCGCGUGACACAGCUCACUUCCUCCAG